GCAGCGCAGCAGCGCCGCAGCCGUGCCCUCCCGCCCUGUGGAGUUGGUUCCUCCUUUGCCUACCGCCGGGGCAGGAAGUGUGGGGUGCGAGCUGCGAGCUGAGCCCGGCCGGGGAGCGGGCUGCCGGCCGGCUACGCGGGAAGCACCGACAUGGCCCGGCGGGAGCAGGGCUCGGCUGAGCCAAGGGCAGCUGGCAUUGCCCAGGCAUCCACCUUCCGGGAAGGCACGCGGGCCAAAGCGGGGAGCCUGGCCCGCAUCUCCCAUCUCUGGCCAGCCACCACAGGGAGCAGGGAGCGUUUCCAUUCGCUGCAGAGGAUGGACACCAACAGGAGCAUCAGCCAGAGCAGCCAAGGCCUGGGGAGCUGGGGCAGGACUGCAGGCCGGCUCUCUGUUGGCUCCGGCAGUACCCGGAGGAAGGAGCUGAAGGAAAUUCUCCUGCAGAGCAACAGCCCCAGCAGCACCAUGCGGUUUGCCACCGCUCAGAAGACAUCCGAUGUCAGCAGUGUCCUUGCAGGGACACACCAAGAGCAGAAGGCCGAGCAGAGCCCCGAAGUACUGUCCCUUGCCCUGGAUCCCCUGGAGCAUGAAUGGCUGCUGACAGUGGCCCAGGGUGAUGCAGACAACAUCAUCAGGCUGCUGGACCUAGAUCCCAGUCUGCUGAACAGGAAAGACUUUGUGACAGGCUUCACCGCUCUCCACUGGCUUGCCAAGCAUGGCCACUAUGAGAGCUUCAUCCAAGUCAUCUCCCAUGCCCAGAAGAAGGGCUAUCCCAUCAAUGUGAACAUCCCUACGGCCAGCGGUGGCUUCACCCCCUUGCACAUGGCUGCCCUGCAAGGACACGAGCUGCUCAUCAAAGUGCUGGUGGGAGCUUAUGGGGCAGACACCAGCCACAGGGACCACAACGGACGCAAGGCUUGGCAGUACCUGAGUGCAGACACCUCCCAGGAGCUGAAGGAGCUGGCAGGGGCCUUGGAGGAGGACUUGGUUCGGCUGUGCUCUCACAACACCAACAACAACUGUAAGUCAUCCAGCGAGGCCAGGGCAGGGCAGGACUGUGUGGACUCUAGGGCUGAGGGGAAAGCCCAGCGCUCCUGGAGCAUGUCAACCCUCCGGGUCUUUGUUCGACAGGCAUUUACUUUCUUCCAAGAGCGCUAAAGCUCCCCUGGCCCUGUUCUCCUGCAAACCUGCGCUGAAUAGUAGCUGGAAGAGCCUGUGAGGGGCUGGGAACUGGGCGAGGGUUGGCACUUGAAAUCCCAGCCAAGCAGGGAUUGACCUCCUGCAUGGGGGCACUUUGGCCACCUGGGUUUCACGUGGUCUUUCGGGGCUUGUGCAGGUAUUUGUGUGUGUGUGGCAACCAUGGCCAUGGGGAGCACUGCCUGUGUCCAAAGGGGAUUUUUCCCCCACCCCUGCUGAUGGGGAUUCCUUGCCACAGUCCAGCAGAGCCCCACAGUGGGGGCUCACAUGCUGGCAUUGCUGUGGGGAGCUGCUUCUAUGACACCCCGCAUGCCUGUGUGGGGAUGCUGACCCUCCAUGGAUGG